AUGACGGGACGGAGGAUUUGGGGCGCGUUAGGCAGGCUUGAGGUGCUUCCUUCCCUUGCGCCAUGCGUCUUCGUGCUGCUACUGUUACCCACGUCUCUGGCUCAUCCUCAACCAUGUCAAAUCCUGAAAAGGAUCGGACAUACUGUCAGAGUAGGGGCCCUGCACCUGCAACCCCGUGUCUUAAGCCACAAUGCCUUUAAGGGGAAUUAUCUCGACGAAGUUUGGGAUAUUGACAGAGACAGUGCGUUGACAGGAGAGGAGUUGGAAAUCAUCUCCAAAACCGUUAACGAACCUGGAUUGGGGAGCCUCAGGACUAGGGGGUCCACAAACAGCCAAAACAGAGGCGCGAAGAGUAAAAGCAUGGUCAGACAAGAGGAGACAGAGAGCGUUUUCAUGCCCAGGGACUCCAUUCUACUUGCUAUGGAGACGCUCAAUCGAAUGACGGGGCUUUUACCUUACAACUUAUCUUUGGAUGUAGUGAUGGCCGUGGAGACGGGGCUGGGGGAGCUGCCCGCUUUUUCGUUUUCCUCCUCCUCUACACCGCUCUGCUCCGACCCCGUGUGUUUCUUACAAAGUGUUUGCCACACUGUGAUUGUGCAAGGAGUUUCUGCGAUCAUGGCUUUCCCGCAAAACAGGGACGAGCUGCUCAUUUUGGAAUUUAUCUCGUCCGCUCUCCAGGUCCCUGUCAUUAGUGUGGUCCAAAGCGAGUUCAGACGACAGAGCAAGAAUGCUCUCCAUUUUCAGAUGGCCAUGCGUAACCCGGCGACCCCGAGGGCCGAGCUCAUCUUCGCCCUGUUGUCCAUGAACAGCUGGUACGACGUGAGCCUGCUGCAGUGUCGCGAGCAGAACGUGUCCGACUUCCUCCUCCUGCUCCGCAACAACUCCCGCUUCCACCUGGGCGGCGUGGUCAACGUCUCCGCCAACGGCAGCUCGCGCGCCGACUUCCAGGCCUCGCUGCAGCGCCACCUGGAGGCCAUCAAGGAGUCCACGUCCACCGUGGUGACGUUCGGCUGCGACAUCAGGGACAUCAAGCGCAUCUUCGCCGCCGUGGCCAAGUUCGGCCUGGCGCUGCCGGACUACCACUGGAUCCUGGGCGACUCCCAGAACGUGGAGGAGUUGCGGACCGAGGGCCUGCCCAUGGGGCUGCUGGCGCACGGGCGAAUGGGCGCGCCCGCACGGGACCACUACGUGCAGGACGCACUGGAGCUGGUGGCACGGGCGGUGGGCAACGCGGCGCUCGUGUCCCCCGAGCGGGCGCUCAUUCCAGGGAUUACCAACUGCAUGCAGAUCGACGAGAAGAACCUCAGCUCAGGAAGAUAUCUGUCCAGGUUUCUGGCCAACACGUCGUUCGAGGGCCUCAGCGGCUACGUGGCCGUCGGCGAGGAGAUGGUCAUCUCGUCGGAGAGCCACCACUUCAUCUGGAACCUGCAGCACGACCCGGUGGGCAACCCCAUGUGGACGCGGCUGGGCAGCUGGAAGCACGGCCGCGUGGUCAUGGACUACGGCGUCUGGCCCAACGAGCGCCGGCCGCACCACCAGGGCGGCGACUGGCGCCACUCGUCGCGCCUGCACCUGCGCGUGGUCACGCUCGUGGAGCACCCGUUCGUCUUCACACGCGAGGUGGACGAGGACGGCCAGUGCCCCGCCGGACAGCUGUGCCUGGACCCGCUGACCAACGACACGGCGCUGCUCGAGCGCCUCUUCCGCGUCCUGCGGAAGGGCGUCGUCAACGACACGGUGCCCCUGGAGCACAAGAAGUGCUGCUACGGCUACUGCAUCGACCUGCUGGAGAAGCUGGCCGAGGACAUGAACUUCGACUUUGACCUCUACAUCGUGGGCGACGGCAAGUACGGCACGCACAAGCACGGCCGCUGGACGGGCCUCGUCGGCGACCUGCAGAGCGGAGCGGCGCACCUGGCCGUGGGCUCCUUCAGCAUCAACUCGGCGCGCAGCCAGGUGAUGGACUUCACGUCGCCCUUCUUCUCCACCAGCCUGGGCAUCCUGGUGCGCACACGGGACACGGCCGCGCCCAUCGGCGCCUUCAUGUGGCCGCUGCACUGGUCCAUGUGGCUGGGCAUCUUCGUCUCGCUGCACGUCACCGCCGUCUUCCUCACCAUCUACGAGUGGCGGAGCCCGUUCGGCAUGACCCCCAGGGGGCGCAAUCGCGACCGCGUCUUCUCCUUCUCCUCGGCGCUCAACGUGUGCUACUCCAUCCUGUUCGGACGCACGGCGUCCAUCAAGCCGCCCAAGUGCUGGACCGGGCGCUUCCUGAUGAACCUGUGGGCCAUCUUCUGCCUCUUCUGCCUGUCCACGUACACCGCCAACCUGGCCGCCGUCAUGGUCGGGGAGAAGACCUACGAACAGCUCUCAGGGAUACAUGACCCCAAGCUUCAUCAUCCGUCACAGGGUUUUCGUUUCGGGACGGUCCGAGAGAGCAGCGCCGAGGAUUACGUGAAGAAAAGCUUCCCCGAGAUGCACGAGUACAUGAGGCGGUACAACGCUCCCGCCACUCCCGACGGCAUCGACCAUCUCAAAGAGGAUCCCCAGAAGCUUGAUGCCUUUAUUAUGGACAAAGCCCUUUUGGAUUAUGAAGUAUCCAUUGAUGCAGAGUGUAAACUGCUCACAGUGGGAAAACCAUUCGCCAUUGAAGGUUACGGCAUUGGCCUCAAGCAGAACUCCCCCCUCACGUCUAACAUCUCCGAGCUGGUCAGUCAGUACAAGUCUGACGGCUUCAUGGACAUGCUUCACGACAAGUGGUACAAAGUGGUUCCUUGUGGAAAAAGAAGUUUCGCUGUCACACAGACGUUGCAGAUGGGGAUUAAGCACUUCUCAGGGUUAUUUGUGAUGCUGUGCGGAGGCGUCGCACUGUCUCUUCUCACCACUCUGGCCGAGCACAUCGUCCACCGCUGGGUCAUUCCCAAAAUCAAGGACAAACCGCAGUACACAUAUUGGCUCCACACCAGUCAGAGAUUACAUCGAGCACUUAAUUCCUCCUUCAAUGAAGAUAAAUUGCCCACAGUUGCAAAACCAGAAAAAAGGUGCAACGUCGGGAAUAACCAACAAGUCCAAUGGAAUGCCACUGAGAAUUCCAACUGCAACCGGCGGAAGCCGUCCAAUCAGGGCGUUCAGCAGCAGAACGACGUGGAGUGCCAGUGCAAGGAGCUGCAAACGCUGCAGGUGAACAGACAGCCCCCCCUGCAGGCCACGUUAGCGUCCAACGGCAAGACGGACCUGCUGGGCUUAGCCAGGAACCCCAUCGUCCAGGAGCUGACGGACCUAGAGACGCAGAUCCAGAUCAUUAAGCAGCAGCUGCAGCUGGCGAUGAAGAGGAAAAAGGAGCUGGAGCAGUACCAGCAAACCAAACGAAACCCUCCAACCGAGUCCUCCUCCUAG